AGCCGACCAGUUAGAUAGAUGUCAGCGCUCCAGAAAGGAUCUCUGGCUGCAGAAACCUGAACAAACCUGGACAAAAAAGACACCACUGUCUUCAAAGUUCUGGUUCAACAUUGAAGGAUGGAAGUGAUGAACUUCAACUGGACAUCAGUGGAAAACAGCUUUGAUAACAGCUUCAACAUCAGCGAGAGCAUGAACACCACUCAUAGAAACCAUAGUGACAAUAGUGACUUUGAGAUGGUUUUACAAAUCAUAAAAAGGCUAAACCGGAUCAGCAUUGGCAUUGGACUUCCUUUGACUCUAAUAGUGAUAGUUGCAGUUUUUCUACAGGUGAAAAAGGAUCAGGGUGUCCCAGUCUACGUCAUCAACCUUCUCUUUUCUGAUCUCAUUCAGUUCUGCGGAAGAAUUAUAAAUUUAUUUUGGCAUCCUAUCGGCUUAGGCAUCAUGUUUGUUGGUUUAAUGGCAAGUAUUGGAUUCAUGGUCUGUAUCUCCUUGGAAAGGUAUUUGGUCAUCGCCAAGCCACUGUGGUACAGAUUCAGGAGAAACAUCAAGACCUACGUGGUGGUCUGUGUGGUGGUCUGUGUUGUGGUCUGGACUCUGCCUCUUCCAAUCCUGCUAACUCGUUGGCUGACUAAUGAAACUACUGAUUCUACUACUUACUUUCACAUCAUCGUACCUAGUUUGCUCCUCCUGCCCUUUCCCCUCUUCAUCUUCUUCUUGGUUGGGACUAUUAAAGCUCUGUCUGGAGCCCUCAGUGUCCCAGCAGAAGAAAAAAGACGAAUCGUAGCUAUUCAGGUUGUGGUGCUGCUAAUUUACACUCUGCUUUUUCUGCCCGUGAUUAUCUUUUACCUGAUGACGGAAUACAGUUCAAUUCUUGAUAUUGUGGCCUUAGUUUGUGUUUGUCUUAGUCCCCUUGCAGACACAAUCCUGUAUUUGUUAACUCGUAAAAGCAUCCUGGAUAAGUUUCUGGCUUCACUCUGUUCUUGUAAAGCAUCAGACAAUCAGGAGAUGAGCAGCAAGGAUACUGAAAGCACGACUGCUCCACACACUGAGACUGUUUAGGCUUUAAUAUCUGGAGCCUCCACAACAAUCUACUGUAGCUGAUUUUUGGGUUGAUUAGCAACUGUUGUAGCCAAAAGCUUUUUAUUUUGUCAUCUCCUGUUAUUCUGUUUAGUUGCAGGUAUUGGUGCAGUUCCAGCUUUCUGCUGCUGGCUAUCUUUGGGUUUAGGUGCAUCUCACCCUGACUGGCACUUCCUGUUUGAACCUUCCUGCAGAAGUGGUUGGAUCAUCAGAUUUUUCUGGAUAUUUUUGACUAUUUUAACUAGGCUUUUGCAGUGUUGUAAGCUUUAUUUGUGCUACUAAUUUUUUUCUUAUUGCCUGUUUAGAUUUCAGGUUACCUGGAUUUUGCCUUAAGUUACAUAUUUCACUGUUAUUUGUACUCUAUAUAUUUCCAUCUAUUUUGCUGUUGCUUAAGGUUCAAAAUAUUGUUUUGUUUUAAGAGAGCUGAGGGCGGUUUCCUAAAACUAAGAAAAUGGAUUAAACCAGGAUUUUCCAGAUAUCCUCGCUGAAUUUGGCCUUGACUCAAUUUCACUAAAGCAGGAGCAUAUCAGUUACCAUGGCGAAUAUUAACUUUAUUGUUAACUUUAUAAUCAUCAAUGUGGGCAUUGUUGCUGUUCAAUUGUGUUUUACAGACUGCUGUUGUUUUAAGUUUAACAGAAAGGCAUUUAAUAGAUUGUUGCAUGUUUUGAGGGGAUCAGAGACAUGGCUGAUAUAGAAGCGAUGGUGUUGUCAUGCCACGCUCACCGGGACACGCUGGCUUUGUUUACUCCGGAGAAAAGCUGAUAGCUCUAAUGCCGACCGGUGUGGUGGCCAGACCAGCUGGAAUUCCACCCGAACUCUGGAGAAAGACACGCCGAGGUUGCAGAGGAGGAAAACAACAUCGGGGGAAUGGAGGAUUGACACGAGACAGGCUUACUGAAAGGAGAAGAUUUAAGCAGUGUCUCCCCUCUGUUGUUAUGGGAAACGUGCGUUCCCAUAGCAACAAGAUGGACGAUCUAAUGGCUAACGCGGAGCCAACUGGAGUACCGUGAGUGCAGUUUGAUGUGGUUCACCGAGACAUGGCUGCACAAGGACAUUACGGACCAGAUUGUCUCUGUGGAGGGCUUUCACACCGUCCGGGCCGACCGGGACACUAAGAGCGGUAAGCAGAAAGGAGGGGGCUUGCCAUUCUAGUAAACAGCAGAUGGUGUUACCCGGGUCACAUCACCAUUAAAGAACAGCUCUGUAGCCCGGAUGUUGAACUGCUGGACGUUGGACUCUGUCCAUAUCAGCUGCCUAGAGAGAUUCCACAUGUUAUUGCUGCUGUCCUGUACAUCCCUCUGUCUGCAAACCCAACAUCUGCCUGCAGCAUCAUACACACCUCCAUCUCCAAACUACAGACCCAGCAUCCUAAUGCCCUCAUCAUCAUGUCGGGAGACUUUAACCAUGUCACCAUGAACAAAGUUCCAUGGGGCGGACAUUGAUGGGCUCACAGAGUCCAUCACGGACUACAUCAACUUCUGUGUGGACUGCAAUGUCCCAGCUCAGACUGUCACCUGUUACGCCAACAAUAAACCUUGGAUCACCAAAGAUAUAAAGGCCAUUUUGAAUGAGAAGAAGAGGGCGUUCAGAGAUGGCAACCGUGAGGAGGUGAGGAGAGUGCAGGGGGUACUCAAACGUAAAAUCAAGGAGGCUAAGGACAAAUACAGGAGAAAGCUGGAGAAUAAACUCCAGACUAACAACAUGAGGGAUGUGUGGAGUGAGAUGAGAGCAUCACUGAGUUCCAGAUGUCCACUGGCAUGGGGUUGGAAGAUCGCGUGGACCGGACCAAUGAGCUGAAUCUUAUUUUCAAUAGGUUGGAUACUGCUGACCAUCCCAAACAACUCUCUAUGGCUGGCUUCCCUACAAUGACCACUCAACCUCCCACACUCCUCCUCCUUUCAGACCCCUGUCAGCUCUUCACUACCUCAAUCCACAUCCACUGACGCCACCCCUCCCCCCUGGUUCACAUCAUGUCCUCAACAACCUGAGUACCUCAACCCUCCCCCUAGUGUUACCUCUACAGUGUCCUUCACUCCUGACCUGGUGAGAAGACAGCUAACCAGACUCCACUCCAGCAAAGCUGCAGGCCCCAAUAGUGGCCAAGGUGCUCAAAGCUUGUUCCUAUCAGCUGUGUGGAAUACUUAGCCAAGUCUUCAGCCUGAGCCUGCACCUCCAGAGAGUCCCCGUGCUGUGGAAGACGUCCUACCUCAUUCCUGUGCCAAAGACGCCGCGUCCCAGCGGCCCUCAGGACUACAGGCCAGUGGCACCAACGUCCCAUAUCAUGAAGACCUUUGAGAGGCUAGUCCUGGAGCAGCUAAGGCCCAUGGUCAGGCCCUUCACUGAUCCACUACAGUUCACCUACCAGCCCCGCCUGGGAGUUGAGGACAGCAUCAUCUUCCUGCUGAACAGAGUCUACACUCAUCUGGACAAGCCGGCGAGCACUGU